GGUGUGUGCGUGCCGGGGGGGGCUGCCUGGGGGUUGCGGUGCCCGCGCGGAGUUUGUGAGUCCUCGGAGGAGCUCGCCCCCCCGCCCCGGGCGGGGCUUCCCUCGCAGGGGGUCGCGGAAGGACCGCCGCCCCCUCACCCGUAGCGCUCACCGCGGCUGCGGCACGGCGGCUCUGCGGCGCUGCGAGGCGGGGGUCGCGUUGUGGCGCCUUUCCCUCGGCGGGGGUCGGCGCGCCGGGUGCCGCCCUCUGUCUGUGGUGCCGUUUAUGUAACAAGUGCCCUCCCGGCAGGCGGUGCCGCCCGGGGCGCUGCGCUCUCGGGGCGCUGCCUGCGGUGCUGCGGGCGGGCGGGCGGUAAAACCCUGUCUUUCCGUUGAAGAACCGGGGUUAAAAUGAAUGAAGAGCCGACGGUCAAUGCGAGCUGGCUGCCUCAGGACCGCGUAGAAGCCAGCUCUACCGAGAAUGCCUCGGGCUCCUCCCUGGUUCCCGUGGUAGAGCCGGAGCCAGAGCUCUGGGUGAACCCCUGGGACAUUGUCCUGUGCACCUCGGGGACCCUUAUCUCCUGCGAGAAUGCCGUGGUGGUGCUUAUCAUUUUCCAUAACCCCAGCCUCCGCGCGCCCAUGUUCCUGCUGAUAGGCAGCCUGGCGCUGGCGGACCUCCUGGCGGGGAUCGGACUGAUCGUCAAUUUCGUGUUUGCGUACCUGCUGCGCUCCGAAGCCACCAAACUGGUGACGGUUGGACUGAUUGUCGCCUCUUUCUCCGCGUCCGUCGGCAGCUUGCUGGCUAUCACUGUCGAUCGGUACCUCUCCCUGUAUUACGCUUUGACUUACAAUUCGGAGAGGACUGUCACUUUUACCUAUGUCAUGCUUAUACUGCUGUGGGGAGCAGCGAUCUGUAUCGGACUGCUGCCUGUGAUGGGCUGGAACUGCCUCAGAGAUGAAUCCACCUGCAGUGUUAUCAGACCGCUCACUAAAAAUAACGCGGCGGUCCUUUCGGUCUCCUUCUUGCUCAUGUUUGCCCUCAUGCUGCAGCUCUACAUUCAGAUCUGUAAAAUCGUGAUGCGCCAUGCCCAUCAGAUUGCCUUGCAGCACCAUUUCCUGGCCACUUCCCACUAUGUGACCACCCGAAAAGGAGUGUCUACUUUGGCCAUUAUUUUGGGGACUUUUGCGGCUUGCUGGAUGCCUUUUACGCUCUAUUCUUUAAUAGCAGAUUACACCUAUCCUUCUAUAUACACCUAUGCCACCCUUCUGCCUGCUACCUACAAUUCCAUCAUCAACCCUGUAAUAUAUGCUUUUAGAAACCAGGAGAUACAGAAAGCACUGUGGCUCGUCUGCUGUGGCUGCGUUCCUUCUAACCUGUCUCAGAGAGCGAGAUCACCCAGCGAUGUCUGACUGGCGGCCAGCAGGACGCUCCUUAACACCUUCCUUCCCAGCCAUCCCUGUGACUGUGUCUUUGGUUUAGAUGCAUUCAUUAAGCGGUGUGUGGUGGGUUCCGAUCAGAGCCACAGGACGUGCUGACCUUUUCUGAACAGCAAACCCCAGUGACCAAAAUGAAGCAAGUGGUUUAAAAGGGAGAUUUCCAAAAUCAAAAUAAUCGGUGUUCUUACAGAUUUAUGAUGUUGCUCAGGGUCGUUUUGUUAUAAAUAUAUAACCCAGACUUUGCCAUGCUUGCCACGAUUUUACAUUGUUUGCUAAUUAAAAAUGGAUUUAAACAGCAUACCUCAUUUGAAAUUGUUUAUGUGAUUGAGUUCAGCCAUACUGCAUGUUACAGUCUGUUGUCAGGAGAUGUUUCCCCUCUUAAUUCUCAUUAAAACAGUAGGAAAAAAAAUAAAAGAAGAAAAAAAAACACUGCCCUGUUCCCACAAACCCAUUUUUAUAUCAUGAGAAUGCUCUUCAAAAUAAUGGCCAAUUGUACUGAUUUAUCUAGUAUUUAUUGUGAUAAUCUCAGUGCAAUGAAUUUGCUGUGAGUGAGGAAGUACUUGCAUAGCUUUUAUUCUACAUCUCUGCAUGAAUUAGGUUGAUCAUUAUUUUCAUAGAGUUCCAUUUCUUUACUGAGUUCUGGCUGGAUAUUGAAACAGAAGAUAGGCUUUGCCUUCU